ACCUGCGGGCCGUGGCGGAUCAGUUUUCCUUGCCCCAGAAUCGAGUCCUGGAGGACCUGGAUGGUGUUGGGGAGCGCCUGGGGAACUACAUUCACAGCCAGCUCAAGAGCAAGGUGUACCUGGUGCUGGCCUCCGUGCACAGCCUGGGCCAAGCCCUGCAGGCCUCCAUGGAGCACCUCCGGGCCCUGGAACGCCACCUCUAAGGAGCUUGUGGAGGCGCAGCAGCAGCUGGAACCCGCGGUUCGAGAGCACUGGGAGCGCCUGCUCGCCUUGCUGCAGGACCCCCAGUGUCAGGGCGACUGCGAGGGGACCCUGAGCCAGGCCGGGCCCUGGAGCUCGUCGCCGACUUCACCCAGUUGCCCCCGUUGGACGAUGCCCUGAAUCGGCUGAAGGGCGUUCCGGAGGCCAACUUCUCCAGCAUGGUGCAGGAGGAGAACAGCACCUUCAACAGCCUCCCCCUUCUGAUCGGCCUGCAGACCGCCAGUUUUGGUCAAAGAUCUGAAGAAGCAGUGUCCGGGCAGCCUGAAGGCGUGAGGAUGUUGGCCUCGGGAUUCCCGGACUUGAAGAGGACGUCCCGCUGGAGCCGGACGCUGAGGGAGCUGGAGGAGGGCAGUCGCCCCUUCCUGAAGGCUGUGCAGCGAUACGAGACGUACAGGUGGAUCGCGUGCUGCGUGCUGUGCUCCACCGUCCUGCUGGUGGUGGUCUGUAACCUGCUGGGCUUCGGCCUCGGCACGUGGGGGCUGUCAGCCAGAGAAGACCCCAGCCACGCGGAGGCCAAGGGCGAGGCCGGGGCCCGCUGCCUCAUGAUAGGUGUGGCCUUCAGCUUCCUGUUUGCCGCCCCGCUCAUCCUCUGUUUUCGCCACCUUCUGGUGGGCGGCAACGUGCAGACUCUGGUGUGCCGGAGCUGGGAGCGCGGAGAGCUCUAUGAGUUUGCAGACACCCCAGGGAAUUUGCCCCCGUCCAUGAACCUGUCCCAUCUUCUCGGCCUCAAGAACAACAUCAGCGUGGUCGUGGCCUAUCAGCAGUGCAGGGAAGGGGCGGCACUCUGGAAGGUCCUACAGCUCAAUGACUCUUACGACCUGGAGAAGCACCUGGAUAUCAGCCAGUAUGCCAGUAAAAUGCAGCGAGAGCUGAAGGGCUUCAACGUGGAGAUGAAGGAUCUGGACCUGCUGAGCCCCGAGGCCCGCCAGGACCUGGAGACGCUGCAGAGCAGCGGGAUCGAGAAGAUCGACUACCAGGGCUUCCUUGCCGAGGCCCAGAAGCCCGUGGUGAACACUAGCGUGCAGCAGCUGGCCCAGGACUUGGAAAGACUGUCCCAAGCCCAGGGCGACUCUGUGCUGGGGCAGAAGCUUCAGGAGGAGGCCAUAGGGCUCAGGAACCUCUACCACGAGAAGGUUGUCCCCCAGCAGAACCUGAUGGACAAGCUCUUCCUCAGCGCCACGGCCCUGGCGUCUGCCGUCCCAAACCUCCAGCUGGAGACCUCGGCCGUCCUCGGCAACAUCACCUUCCUCGUGGGAGAGCUGCCCGUCGUCAUCCGCCACAUCGUGGAGAACGCCAGCAGAUGCUUCAUGACCCGGGAGCUGGGCUACUUCUCCCAGUAUGUGGCCUGGGUGAGGGCAGAGGUGACCCAGCGCAUCGCCACCUGCCAGCCCCUGUCUGGGGCCCUGGACAACGGACGCGUGGUCCUGUGUGACAUGAUAGCCGACCCCUGGAACGCCUGCUGGUUCUGCCUGGGCUGGUGCGCCUUCUUCCUCAUCCCCAGCAUCAUCUUUGCCGUCAAGACCUCCAAGUACUUCCGUCCCAUCCGGAAGCGCCUCAGCUCCACCAGCUCCGAGGAGACUCAGCUCUUCCACAUCCCCCGAGUCACCUCCCUGAAGCUGUAGGGCUCCGUGACGCCGAGGUCCAGAAAGGGUGAAGAGGAGGAAGAGGAAUGGAUCCAUCUCAGCUCCAUUAAAAUGUUCUCACGCCUCUGA